AUGAGUGUAUGUCUAAUUCCUGAACAAAGCGGUGGAUUUUAUCACACCAUGAUAGUACCAGUGUGGAUCAGGCCAGUGGGAGAGCCAGAGAAGGAAAUCUUGCAGUAUGCAGUCCUCUACGAUCAUUCAAAUGUCAGUUUUGUGUCUGAGACUCUUUGUGAACGGUUCAACCUGCAAGGCCCAUCAAAUGAGCUUCUGUUGACAACAAUGCAGCAGCAAAAUGCCCGUGUUAAAACUAAAAAGAUAUCUGGGAUAGAGAUUCUGGACUACCAUAGAGAACGCGUGGUGAAGAUGCCAGUGGCCUUCACCCGCGAACUUGUUUCAGCUAACCGGUCGCAGAUUCCAAAACCUGCAGUGGCUAGGGAAUGGCAACAUCUGAAGCCCAUCGCCGAUACGUUGAUACCGUACCACCCAGAUGCAGAAAUUUCUAUCCUGAUUGGAAACAACUGCUCAAGAGCUAUCUGA